CGAACGUAAUGUAACCAACAAAUGCUACUACAAAAAUGCUCUUGAAGUGGUCGUGUAGAUUCUGCCAGCAUGCAGCAGCCGGCGCAGGGCGAACCUCGCAGGUCGCAGGUCGCAGAAGCCGCAAGGAACAACAAGCGCACAGAGCAACGUGCCCGCAAUCCUAGAGCCGUUUUUGCCUUACAUUAGUUUAACCGAAACGCGGAAAAAAUCUAUUAUAUCACGAGCGUAUUUAACCGAGUGCUUUGCAGCGCUCGCGUUAUUAUUUGUGAGCGUUAGAGGUGGCAACCGGCACGUCGAAAAUAUUAUGUGGUCUCCGGUUAGCUUGGUGCUUCUGUUUGUGCUGGCGGUGUGCACGAGCGGCGAGGAGGCCGCGCGGCCCGAGGUGCGCACGCCGCUGGGCCCGCUGCGGGGUUUCCACAUGAGCACGCGCCGAGGGCGGCGCAUCUCCGCCUUCACUGGCGUUCCCUACGCAGAGCCGCCCGUGGGAGAACUACGGUUUAAGGCGCCGGUGGCGGUGCGCGCAUGGGGCGAACGCGUGCGCGACGCGAGCGGCGCGGCGCCGGCCUGUGUGCAGCGCAACCCCUACACGCGCGAGCGCAGCGUGCGCGGCCAGGAGGACUGCCUCUACCUCAACGUGUACACGCCGCUCGCCACCGCACGGCUGCUGCCCGUGAUGGUGUGGCUGCACGGGGGCGGCUGGAUGUGCGGCGACUCCUCCACCGCCAUGUACGGGCCCGAGUUCCUGCUCGACCGAGAAGUGCUUCUCGUCACCCUCAACUAUAGGCUCGGUCCGCUCGGAUUCCUGUCGACGCAGGACGAAGCGUGUCCCGGCAACAAUGGGCUCAAAGACCAGCAAGAAGCGCUACGCUUCAUCCAGAAGACCAUUCACAGCUUUGGCGGCGACAACUCGUCCGUCACCAUCUUCGGCGAGAGCGCGGGCGGCGCCAGCGUGCACUUCCACAUGCUGUCCGAAACCAGCGCAGGCUUAUUCCAUAAGGCGAUCUCGCAGUCGGGCACGGCGCUGGUGCCGUGGGCGGAGGCGGCGCCGGGCGAGGCGCUGCGGCAGGCGUGGCGGCUGGCGCGCCUGCUGCGCUGCCCGCAGGCGCCCUCUUGGCGCAUGCUUCACUGUCUGCGCUCCAGGGACAGCUAUGACAUCAUCGCCACUGAAUUCUCGUUCUACGAAUGGGAUUACGAGCCGAUGACGCCGUUCAAGGCGGUGGUGGAAGGUGAGACGGGCGAAGAGGCCCCGUUCCUGCAGCGGGCCGCGCGCGCGCCCCGCGCCGCCUCCUCCGUGCCCUGGCUCACCGGCCUCAACAAGGACGAGGGCUGCUUGAAAAGUGUUUGGAUAACGUCGAACCGCACCCUGUACGAGCAGUUCAUGAGCGGGUUCGAGCGCAUCGGGCCGCUCAGCCUGUACUACGAGAGCUCCCCGCUGGCGCCGCUCAUCACGCGCCGCCUGCGCGAGCGCUACCUGCCCACACGCGACGAGCAGCUCAGCAAGGCGGGCAUUCUGGAGAUGUACAGUGACGCCUACUUCUCGUUCCCGCUGCGCGAGGCGGCGCGGCGCGCGGUGGCGGCGGGCUCGCGCGUGUACCUGUACGAGCUCGCUCACCGCGCCGCCAACAGCUUCUCGCAGAUCUUCGGAGACCCAAAUGGGGAUUAUGGAGUGUGCCACGCCGACGACUUGAUGCAUCUUUUCCCGAUACACUUCCUGUCAAAGCCGGCGUCCGCGCAGGACGAGGAGAUCUCCGAACUUAUGCUCACUCUUUGGACUAACUUUGCGACAUCCGGAGACCCGAACGGGCCAGUGUCUCUGCCGUUCGAGUGGGCGGCGGCGGGCAGCGAGCUGCAGUACCUGCGCAUCGCGGCGCGGCCCGCCAUGCACGCGCGCCUCGCGCACCGCGCGCGCCUCUGGGAGCGCCUGCCGCUCUGGCACACCUUCCAACGCGACGACGACGAGCCCCCGCAGCACACUCCUCGCGACGACUUGUAGCCCGCCGGCUUUGGUUGCCGGUUCCCUGCUCUGCUAUUUGGUCUCAGAAUUAAACAUUUUACACCAAAUAUUGAACGAUACAAACCAAAAUAGACAACAUCUGCUGAAUGUUGUCACUUAAGUGUAAAGUACCUGGAUGUUUAACUUCGUGAAGUUAGAUUGUUUAUAAGCGUUUUUUUCCAAGAUCGUUUAGGCAUUUUUAAGUGAACACGUGCAUUAAGAAGACACAAAACAAUAUAAACAAUUAGUCAAACCUCAAAGCAA